GCGGAGAGGUGUGGCCAAGGCAGGAGCCAAAAUGGCUAGCACAGAACGUCAGUUGCACACUUUGCACUGAUUCACCCAGCGUUAGCUACCUAACGUGCUAGCUGAACAAGGAACUACCACAGAGAAGGGAACUCGGGGACAGUUGAAUAUGGCUGAACUUGAGCAACACGAAGGAGAACAGGACCUUGACAAGAAAAUUGAGGAGACGAGACAGCGAUUCAAGAAUGAGUACCUCCAAGAGUCAGCAGAAAAAUAUGACUCCAGAGAUGUGGACAGGCUUCAAAGCGACGAUGUUCUGGUGGAGGGAUACCUCACAUGGAGAAUUUAUGUCGUUGAUGAUGCCUUGAAAAUGAUCGAUGACAGCUUUCAAUGGAGAAAAGAAUUUGGUGUGAAUGAUCUCAGUGAGAGCAUCAUUCCCAGAUGGAUGUUUGAGACUGGUGCUCUCUACCUCCAUGGCUAUGACAAAGAGGGCAACAAGCUCUUCUGGUUCAAGGUGAAGCUUCAUGUCAAGGACACAAAAACAAUCUUGGAUAAGAAGAAGUAUGUUGCCUUCUGGCUUGAGCGGUAUGCAAAGAGAGAACCUGGGAUGCCACUCACUGUCGUGUUUGACAUGGCAGAAUCUGGCCUCAGCAAUAUAGACAUGGACUUUGUGAAGUACAUUAUCAACUGCUUUAAAGUAUAUUAUCCAAAGUUUUUAUCCAAAAUGAUCAUCGUGGAUAUGCCUUGGAUCAUGAAUGCUGCCUGGAAGAUUGUGAAGUCAUGGUUGGGUCCUGAGGCAAUCAGCAAGCUCAAGUUUGCGUCCAAAUCGGAGAUUCAGUCCUACAUAGACGCAGAAUAUCUGCCACCUCACAUGGGUGGAACGGACCCCUUCAAGUACAGCUACCCUCCUCUCCCUGAUGACGACUUCCAAACACCCAUCUGUGACAACGGACCUAUUGUGAGCGAGGACGAGAUGGAGAGCAAAGAGGGUGAAACGGAGGGCAAAGAUAACCUCGAGUCCAGCUUCAACUCUGAGGUUGCAGUGAAGCCCAAAAAGGUGAACUUUGUGGAAGACAGUUUGAGGUCAGAGGACAAUGAUAAAGGAGAAGCAAGCGGAAGGACCAAAAGGGCCCUGAAGCCUCUGACCACCUUCAAAGGUCCUUUGCUGGAUGUUAGCCCUGCAGAGGAGCUCAGCUUUGGCUCUGGGGAGACAGAGAAAAGAAGCCUCAUUAUCCUGACCAAUGUGACCAAAAAUCAAGUGGCAUUCAAGGUACGGACCACAGCACCUGAGAAGUACAGAGUGAAGCCCAGUAGCAGCAGCUGUGAAGCAGGAGCUUCAGUAGACAUUGUCGUAUCCCUUCAUGGAGGUUCUCAGGCCUCUCCACAGGACAGAUUUUUGGUUAUGGCUGCAGAGAUGGAUAAUGCAGGAUCACAAGAACUUGCACAGUUCUGGAAAGAAGUACCAAAAGCCAAGAUUAUGGAACACAGGUUGCGCUGUCAUGUUCUAGAGAGUGCUAAACUGACAAUGAGUCCUCUGAAGGAUAGCCUGCUCGAGACGGGGAGCAGCAGGCAGCAGGAACUGAACACAAUGCUCAUGCGUGUCAUGACGUGCAACUCCCGGCUGGAGCAGAAGCUGAAUACGUGUCUAUGGGUGCAGAAGGUUCUCAUUGUGUUGGUGCUAGUUCUCGUGGUGCUGAACCUGCAAUGCCUCUACCUGCUGGGUACCUCUCAGCGACCGUCUUGACCAACCAUAGCAGCUCCCUCCACCUUCAAUCUGCCGGCCACAGACACACACGGUCUUGUUCCGGCAGCAGAGCCAGAGUGGACCACCUAAGAUGCAGUUUGGUUUUGUACCCUCCCCACCCUCGCCCUCCUCACAGGCUGCUGUCAAUUCUGGGAGGAGUGCUGACUUUAGGGAACAUGGGAGUUUUUGGCAGAGUUACUAAAUGAAAGGAUUCAACCUGUCCUCUUAUCAGACACUUGAGAGCUAAUGUAACUUUUAACAAUGUGACAUCAAAUCAAUAAUGUAUUUUUUAAGACAACACAGUUAAACAAAUUCUAUUUAUUGUAAACAUCACAAUAUGUAGGAACAAAUAUUUUUGUGAUCACUAUGUAAAAUUUUUUAUAAUGUAUAAAGCUAAAGAUUAUAAAAUAAACAUCCUUUGUCAAUUGA